AUGCGUGAGUUUCUUGCUAACUUCCAAGGUAUGCCUCUCUUCAAAAUAACCAAUCUCAGGAAUUUAAAAAGUGCUAAAGUGUUCCACAGAGAAAUUGUGAAAAAUCUACAAACAGCAAAAAGCGCGUUUAUAAUAACGUUGUACUUCGGAAACGAGCAAAAAACAAGAGAAGUGAUGGCAGAGAUCAAGACACGCCAACAAAAAAAUAUGGAGACGAAGGUUAUAAUUGACUAUAACAGAUGCAAGCAGAAUGAAAAGAUAUUUGCUCUUCUGAAGGAGUAUCAAAUUGAAGAUGUUGUAUACUACGCGAAUAGAAGAAGCUAUUCGUUAUUGCCAAAUUGCAUCAAAGAGCUUUUCUCCGUGCUGCACGUUAAGGUGUAUAUAUUCGACGAUUUGAUUAUACUUUCAGGUGCUAAUCUUGAAGAUAAAUAUUUUACAAACAGAUUGGACAGAUAUUUCAGCAUAUACGAUGCCAAGCUCGCUGACUACCUGAUUAAGAAUGUAUUCGAACAUUUUUAUGGGAGCAAGCAUGUAGAAGGGGUAAAGGGACGGCCUAAAUCUGAUAUAGGCAAACAUUAUAUGAUAUCAGCGAAUAAUGUUGCCAGAUCAGUUGAGAGUCUAGGAUUAAGCAAUACUUAUGUGGUUCCAUACAGUGAAUCGGAAGAGCUUUCUGUCAUAGAAAACAUUUUUGGCCACAACUUCGUUGAAUACUACAUAUCAACAGCAUAUAUAAAUUUUCCAGAAAUAUACUUGAAGCACAUCAAAACCAAGGACACAAUAAUAAUCUCUCCUGACGCAAGCUGCAAUACUUUUUGUGGAAGCUCGCUUCUUGACAAGUUGGUGUGCAAGCUGUAUGAUUACUACAUGAUAAACACCGAAAAUAUUCUGGACAAGGCUGAUCUUAGAACAUUUUACAGGAAAAAGGCAAGCUUCCACUUUAAAGGUAUCUGGGCAUUCGCAGAAGACUUUGCCAUAACAGUGAUAGGAUCAAGCAAUUUCAAUGAAAGAAGCUACAGAAAAGACAAGGAGCUAAAUUUUGUGCUCAUAACGGGGGACGAGCAGCUGAUCAAGCAGUUCGAGCAAGAAAUCAGAUAUCUUGAAAAACAUUCAGAAAAAGUUAAUGGAGAUAACAAAGUGAAUGUGUUCAUCAAGAUAAUAGCUUAUAUGAUGAAAUAUUUUCUUUAAAUAAAUACUUAAGCGGUA